CGAUGAACAAAUGAAAUACGGCAACGUCACGCACGAAGUGGUGAACCAAAGUGAUUGUUCAUUCGGCGUUUCAAAAAUUGUAAAUUCACGGAUUGUAACUAUAAUUUUUAGUAAAAAUGGCAGACAAUAAAAGCCCUGAUGAUCUCUCGACCGCGAUCCUGCGCCGCAAGGACAGGCCCAACAGGCUCAUCGUGGAGGAGGCGGUCAGCGACGACAACUCGGUGGUCGCGUUAUCACAGGCCAAAAUGGAGCAGCUACAACUAUUCCGUGGAGACACAGUGCUACUCAAAGGCAAGAGACGUAAGGAAACUGUCUGCAUCGUCCUGUCAGACGACAACUGCCCCGAUGAGAAGAUCCGCAUGAACCGUGUGGUCAGGAACAACCUGCGAGUCAGGCUGUCAGAUGUGGUGUCCAUAGCACCGUGCCCAUCCGUCAAGUAUGGAAAGCGAGUGCACAUACUGCCCAUCGAUGAUUCCGUUGAAGGUUUGACUGGAAACCUGUUCGAAGUGUACCUGAAGCCUUACUUCAUGGAGGCAUACCGGCCCAUCCACCGUGACGACACUUUCAUGGUGCGCGGAGGCAUGCGAGCGGUGGAGUUCAAAGUGGUGGAGACCGACCCCUCUCCUUACUGCAUCGUGGCACCUGAUACGGUCAUACAUUGCGAGGGAGAGCCCAUCAAGCGUGAGGAAGAAGAAGAAGCAUUAAACGCUGUGGGUUACGACGACAUCGGCGGCUGCCGCAAGCAGCUGGCUCAGAUCAAGGAGAUGGUGGAGUUGCCGCUGCGGCACCCGUCGCUGUUCAAGGCCAUCGGCGUGAAGCCUCCGCGCGGAAUCCUCAUGUACGGCCCGCCUGGUACCGGGAAGACGCUGAUCGCUCGUGCUGUCGCUAAUGAGACCGGCGCAUUCUUCUUCCUAAUCAACGGUCCGGAGAUCAUGUCGAAACUGGCCGGUGAAUCGGAGUCCAACCUGCGUAAGGCGUUCGAGGAGGCUGACAAGAACUCUCCGGCCAUCAUCUUCAUCGAUGAGCUGGACGCCAUCGCUCCGAAGAGAGAGAAGACCCAUGGGGAGGUGGAGCGACGUAUCGUGUCGCAGCUGCUGACUUUGAUGGACGGCAUGAAAAAGUCGUCCCACGUGAUCGUAAUGGCGGCGACCAACCGUCCGAACUCUAUCGACCCGGCGCUGCGUCGUUUCGGACGCUUCGACCGCGAGAUCGACAUCGGCAUCCCGGACGCCACCGGACGCCUGGAGAUCCUCCGCAUCCAUACUAAGAACAUGAAGCUGGGUGAUGACGUCGAUUUGGAACAGAUCGCGGCCGAGUCUCACGGUCACGUGGGCGCGGAUCUCGCGUCUCUGUGCUCGGAGGCGGCUCUGCAGCAGAUCCGCGAGAAGAUGGACCUCAUCGACCUCGAGGACGACCAAAUCGACGCAGAGGUGCUCAACUCGCUCGCUGUGUCCAUGGACAACUUCCGGUACGCGAUGACCAAGUCGUCGCCAUCGGCUCUGCGCGAGACGGUAGUCGAAGUCCCGAACGUGACGUGGGGCGACAUCGGAGGCUUGCAGAGCGUCAAGCGCGAGCUGCAGGAGCUAGUGCAGUACCCUGUGGAACACCCCGACAAGUUCCUCAAGUUUGGCAUGCAGCCUUCCCGUGGUGUGCUGUUCUACGGACCCCCGGGUUGUGGUAAAACUCUGCUGGCAAAGGCCAUCGCCAACGAGUGCCAGGCCAACUUCAUCUCCGUGAAGGGCCCCGAACUGCUCACGAUGUGGUUCGGUGAGUCUGAGGCCAACGUGAGAGACAUCUUCGACAAGGCACGAUCGGCGUCACCCUGCGUGCUAUUCUUCGACGAGUUGGACUCCAUCGCCAAAUCCCGCGGUGGUUCCGUAUCGGACGCGGGCGGCGCCGCGGACCGCGUCAUCAACCAGAUCCUGACUGAGAUGGACGGCAUGGGUGCUAAGAAGAACGUCUUCAUCAUCGGUGCUACAAACAGGCCCGACAUCAUCGACCCGGCCAUCCUGCGGCCGGGCCGCCUGGACCAGCUGAUCUACAUCCCGCUGCCCGACGAGAAGUCUCGCGAGGCCAUCCUGCGCGCCAACCUGCGCAAGUCGCCCAUCGCUAAGGACGUCGACCUGUCCUACAUCGCCAAGGUGACGCAGGGCUUCAGCGGCGCCGACCUGACGGAGAUCUGCCAGCGCGCCUGCAAGCUGGCCAUCCGUCAGGCCAUCGAGGCCGAGAUCACGCGCGAGCGCAGCCGCCAGCAGCAGCCCGCCGCCGCCGUCAUGGACAUGGACGAAGAGGACCCGGUGCCGGAGAUCAGCCGCGCGCACUUCGAGGAGGCCAUGAAGUUCGCGCGCCGCUCCGUGUCCGACAACGACAUCCGCAAGUACGAGAUGUUCGCGCAGACGCUGCAGCAGAGCCGCGGCUUCGGGACCAACUUCAGAUUCCCGACGAGCGGCGGCGCGGCAGGCGGCACGGGCACGUCGGGCGGCGACCAGCCCACGUUCCAAGAGGAGGGCGGCGACGACGACCUCUACAGCUAAGCGCCGACACGAGGCCGCCGUCCCGACACCGCACCACCGUCCCGCGCGUGCCCCACUAUUUAAAGUCCGGUCGCCUUGCACGUAGAAUUUCGUCCAAUGACCCCAAGCUACCCAUCCUUAUCGCUCGCUAUUAUAUUGCUGUCGCGACUGUGCGACGGGCGGGCGCAGUGAGUGCUAGCACGAUUCGGGUCAUUCUUGGGGUCAUUGUACGAAAUUCUACGUGCUCGGCGACCGGACUUUAGAUCGUUUCAUCCACGAAGACUCGCCCCACCAUUGAUUGCUAAUGUUUGAGUGUUAUCAGUACACGCUAAAUCAUCCAUGAGUGCACACGCUACAAUAAUGACGCUCGGAUUGCUCGGAUCUAAAAUUGGUGGGGCCCGUCUUCGUGGAUGAAACGAUCUAUACCCGCCUCUCUCGCACAUCCCGAGAUGCUGGCAUCAGACAGAGACGGGUAGAGCGGAAAACGCGCCGCGGAGAACUAAACUUACGGCUGGCGGGAUAAAAGAACAGAAUCACAAUUAUACAGCCCUGCUAUAAUUUUGAGUCGUAUAAUUUUGGGAUAAUGUACGAUCGGUGGGAAUACCUGUUUUGUUCUCUCUUAUGUGGCUGGCCUUAUGUGUAGCGGGGUUGUAUUCGAGCCGAUAAUUUACAUUUGUUAUAUUAUGGACUCGGAUCUAAAAUUCUACUAUGAUAUUUGAUAGGUUUAAAUAUUAGUAAACACGAGUAAGCACUAUUUCGAUCUGUUCGCGCCAGCUUGGACUUAUACCAAAACAGAUACCAGUAUUACUUCGACCCCGCAUUUACCAGGGUACCCGGAAUGUGUGUUUUUGACGCUGUACUUUUACUAUCGCGUUUGCGUUUAGAUCGAGCGGAUGAUGAAAGACAAAAGAAAGUGCCGACUUUCAGCUAUCAGCUGCGGUCCAAAAUUAAUCUCAAGCAUAAAAACGUAAGCGCGAUAGUAAUCGUUCAGUACUGUGAUAAGUUUGCAUUCGGGGCACACUCGGCCACACACAGGCGUCGGCGGCGGCAGCGGUGCCCGGUGUCAAGUUCUAGGACUGACAUUACUAAUUAAGAAUUUAAUCGGUUUAGUAUCCGAAUGGGUGUAACGGAGUCGGGUCUCACGAUGUCGCUAGGUUCACGUGUCUAAUACAAUCUCUUAUAUAAUUAUAAAAUAUGUAAUGUUUGUACGCGCAAGUAAAACUGCGCAGAUAUUCUGGGUAAAUUUUACACCGAAUGUAAUAAAUGUAUUUAUUUUGUAUUUCAAUACAUAGAUUCGACAGCAUUUGUUUUCCGAUUCGCUUACAUUUAGUUGUAAUCAAAUAAUGUUUGUGAAUGUAUCGCCCGCCCGGCGGGAUGUAAGAUCAUAAUGAUAUAGAGUAAUUGUUAACUGUAUUUGCCAGAUCCUGUGCGUAAGCGACGCUCGGCGUCGAUGCGUUUGCGCAUCUUCGUCGACAUUACACAAUCGCAGUGAUUUUUAAUAAAAAAAAGUUUUAUAGACUAAAA